UUGUAAGAUAUACGGACUCCCAAGGCCUCGCUCCCCCGCACCAGCUCUAAGAAUCCAGCCCGCUGCCACCAGUAGAAGCAUCAACAUUCACCCUCUUCCGCCCGCUAGUGGGUCGCCUCCUGUGCAAAAGCUUUCGCCUUAUACAUGAAUUGAGCUGGCUCAAGCGAUUCCCCUUGCCAAAUUCUCUGAUUUCGCUCUGUCCAAAGACCCCAAACUACUCCCAGCAAAUCAUCCCCUUUCUUGGCCAAAAAAAACCACUGCAGCAAAUCCCAAAAGCUGCUUUCUGUCUGGCCUAGCGGCUGCCAACCUAUAGAAGACCACGCUUGCAUUGCGACCGGGCAAAAACGACACAUCUCCGCACACUGAACUCUUCUCUGCCGCAAAGAAGCAGUCGUUGGGAGGCAUCCGGUGCAAAUUUGCCAGAAAAGUGGGGUAGUUUCCAUUUCCACAUGUCCUUCCAGACCGCCCACUCGCUAGUCUCCAAUUAUCCUGCUAAUUAAAUUUAGGUAACAGCUCCGGACCGAAAACCUGCCAGGUGAUCGAAUAGGUGGAGCAGGUGAUCAGUUGGAUGUAUAUGCAUCCAUACCUUGUCUGACCCAUCAUCUUAUUCAUUUGUUAUGCGAUUAUCAUUCGAUUUUUUUUCGAGAUUUCGUUCAUAUAUUUGGAUUGAAUCGCAUGGAUAUCUAUAGAUACAGGUGAACACUGAAGUGAACCCGCAUUGCAUUGUUUAGUAGGCCUCAUGAAAUUCCUACUGCCAAGUGUAGCUCGCAAGAUAGGGAGUGCAAUCAAGAAUAUAGCAGAGAACAAAAGCUCGAGCUGGUGGUACACCCCUCACGCCGCCGCCGCGGCUCAUGCCAUUGCAGAGAGGAUACCGCUAGUGGAUUUCGUUCUUGAAGUCCGGGAUGCUAGGGUAUGUAUUAUAGGCUUCGAGCUUCCCUUUGUUUUCCAGGAUUACUGUCAAGUGCUAGAUGAAAUGUUUGAAUGAACUGACAUGGUUAGAUGCUGACAGUUUUGGUUAUAAAGUUCAUUUAUACCAACCAAUUCAUGCACUGAAUUCAGGUCAUAUAAGGACAAGUUCCUUACAAUCUCUGAUAUUUUAGUGCAUUUUCUCCUACUGCUCAGAUCCCUUUGUCAUCAAAAUUCAAACUACUGAAAAAGCAUUCAACUUCCACCAGGCGAAUUAUAGUUUUGAACAAAACAGAUCUUGCAAGUCCCUCACAGGUGAAGGUAUUUUUAAUAAUUACUACGUAUAUAUUACACGUGUGUUCUAGAGCCAAUUUGGUAACUCAUAUUCUCAUUUUAUCAGCUUCAUUGCUCAACAUUUUGAUUACAUAAGUAACUUUUGAUUUCGCAUGUUGAAUUGAGGAAAAAUUAAAAUAAGUUUUUUGACUGAAGUUAUUGUGAUGACCAUUUAGCCAUUUUCAUAUAAUCUUUCCCUUCAUUUUAAUAUGAAAUACGGAGUAAUAUUUAGUAGCAUAAUUUUUUUUGGUUAAUUUUAUGUCACACUCAAUGUCCUUAAUGGUAGCUGGUACUUUAUGUGAAUGGUGGUUUACGUUGUAAGUUGGAAGCUUAAUUUCAAUGUCUUAAUUUCACUACUAGGUUGAAAAUCAUCUUAAUAUUACUAGUUUAAUUUUAGUAGUUACAUUGUAGUGUUUGAAAAUGUCUUAAUUUUAGUAGUUACGUUGUUAAGCUGUGAGGCUUCUCAACCCUUUAGUACGUUACAUAUUUCCCACACCGGAGAAAUUGAAGAACCCGUCCUUCCACAUUGUCUAUAUAAGGCUCCUCUUGAUUGUUACAGAGUAUAUUCAUGGCUUACUAUUCAUGCUUCAGCUUGUGUGGGCCUAAUCAAACCGGUCUAUCUCUCCUGCAUGGCGAAUAUGAAUUGGGCCGCCUUUUAGCGCGCCUAGUAGGUAUGCAAGGUGUUUUCAAUACGCCUUGCGCCUAGGUACACCGUGGUGGCGCCCAGGGGCGGAGCCAGACUUGAGUGCAAGAGGGGACAAAAUAUAAUACAAUCAUAAAAAUAUAAUCUAAUAUGGACAAAAAGUACCGGAAAAUAUGCUGCCGGCAUCGAAUUUUCUGUCAUAAAUUUUACUUUCUAGUGGACAAGUUCUAAAAUGGCAUAGUUAUAUUAGUUACAAGACCAAAAUUACAAGAGAGUAAAGUUGCCCGACUAGUAACGAUCAUAGUCAAAAGUUACAAGAUUAAAAAUGCAAAUCUUUCUAUAAAAUAUAAUUACAUUGUACCAAUAUAAAAUGAUACGCCAAUACUAAUGAUCAUGUAUAAUAUUCAAAUUACAAAUUAACUGCAGGUCAAUUAAAACUCAGUUUGUUAAUUUUUCACAUGAUUUAUAUAAUUGUUAAUAAUUUCAUAUUAGUAAUAAAUUCCAUUAUAGGUUUGGCUUUUAUAUCAAGUAAUUAAUACUUACUACUCCAUAUAAUAUUAAUUGAUAACAACAAGUAUUAGUAGUAUUUGAUAUCUAGUCUUUCACAAUUUUAUUUGGAGGGGGGCCAAACAAUAUUAUAAUAAUGGUACUUAGAAAAAAAAAAUAAAGAAAUGGGGGGGGGGGGGGGGCAUGGCCCCUUUAGCCCAACAAGUACCUCCGUCCCUGGCGGCGCCUUUAGGCGCCUUUUAGAACAUUGCCUAAAGGAUCUUUUGCAUCGAACUGUUUAUUAUUUAUUUAUUUAUCUAUCUAUUAUUUAUUUAUUUAUUUAUUUAUUAUUUAUUUAUAUAUUUAUUUAUUCAUUUAUUCAUUUAUUCAUUUAUUUAUUUAUUUAUUUAUUUAUUUAUUUAUUUAUUUAUUUAUUUAUUUAUUUAUUUUCUGUUUCAGAAAUUUCAUUUCUUUUUAUUUUGAGCUGAUGUACAGUUUUCUGCUGACUGCUCUCAUCGCGUUUAUGCAGCAAUGGAUGGAUUAUUUUGAAGGACAGGAUGAUAUAGCAUUUCGAGUCAAUUCUCAUAAUAGAGAUAGUAUAAAGGAGGUGCAUAGUGAUAAGUGACCACUGACCAGAGAGCCAUUUCCCGAAACACUAUAAACUAAUGGGCACUAAUAUUACUGUAUUGCCUACAUUUUGACAGUUCUUGACAUUUCUGCAAGCUAGAGUAAGAGAGCUCAUAAAUACCGGCUAUUCUCGACAUACUAUAACACUAAUGCUUGUUGGUAUUCCUAAUGUUGGGAAAUCUGCACUUGCGAACUCAUUGCAUCUGGUUGGGCGAAUUAGUGCCGCAGAGAAGGGAAGACUAAAACAUGCUGCGGUAACUCCUCAGCCUGGGGAGACUAAAAACAUUAGCAGUUUUAAGGUGCUUGAUCUUUCCCAUUCUUUUGUCUAAAUGAAUGAUUUAUUUAUUUAUAAGAUUCAUUCAUCAAUUUCAUAUUCCUAGAUAUCUAUUGAACUGAUUGGAAGUGGAUGGAGUUUCAUAUUUUCUCCUCAUUUAGCUUCCAUUUAUGUGACGUUGCUAAAAAUUCUUGGGUCCAACUUCUUUUAAUUAGUUACCUACUUAAUUUUAACUAGUCAUUUCUUUCUUCGAUCACUCCUUGACAAGCAAGUUCAUGUUGAUGUGUUAAAUGAGAUUGCUAGCCAUCCUAAUAUUUAUGUGCUGGACACGCCGGGUAUUUUGCCACCUCAUAUCCCUGAUGCUGAGCUCUGCUGCAAACUAGCUCUUACAGGUGCAAUCCAAGAAUGUUUAGAUGGUGAAGUAGAGCUUGCUCAGUAUUUUUUAGCAAUCCUUAACACAAGUGAUGAAUUCAAGAAAUGGGCAACAUUGGGUGGCAUUGAGAAAGACAUGUUAGUUGUAACUGCUACUGAUGACGAAUUUGACUUGCAGAAAACACAGAAAAUGAAGCAUUGUGUGACAGAUCACACGCAGGAUUUUAUUGUGAACAAUGUUAGGAAAACGCUUUAUCAUUGCAUUUCGUCAUUCAGUGGAAACCUCGAUGAAGAAAACAGCUUGUUACAUCUCAUCGAAGUUGAGUAUGCAAAUCUGGCGGAAGCUUUCCAUUUGUCCUCAGAAUCAGUAGAUGAUUUACACAAGGUUGCUUCUAAAUUACUCAAUUUAUACCGGACAGGAAGGCUUGGUCAUUAUUCCUUAGACUCUGUUCCAAGCAAAAACUGGUAGCCGCAGUGAACAUGGAGGUGCGACAGCUGGCUGUAUCGGUGCGGCAGUGGUUGAUUUACAAAUUACAAUUGCUAUUUUUAUGUUUUUAGAAAUAUGUAAGUAAAACUAAAUUUUUAUGUAUUUUGCAUGUAAUAAGUUUAACUAAUAGUGGCAAGACCAUGGCUAAAUGAAAGUAUGAAAUAGUUACAUACAUAAAAGUAGCAAUUAUGUGUCAUGGCCCAAAUAUCAUUACUACAUACUAUCCUAUUAUGUAAUGAAACGUUAGUAUACUUUUAGUGGGGUACUGUGUACUUGGAAAGUUGGAAGCUUAC